UAAAUAUGAAUGAAACAUUCUUUAUCUUGAUGAUAUUGACUCGAUUUUUGGCUAUGACGUCAGCAACGCUGAGUAAUGCAACAAACAUUUUGCAUCAAGUUUUGCUUGACGGUUACAACACAGAUAUAAGACCAUGUCUCGACUGUCCGACUCCCCUAUAUAUAGGCGUAUCGUAUCAUCUCACUGCAUUGAUAAACAUGGACGAACUUGAAGGAGAGCUUCACUCUGUUGGAUACCUAGAAGUUGUGUGGGUAGAUGAACGGCUUAGGUGGAACCCGUUGGUGAAUGGUAUUGGAAGUGUGAUGUUCUCUCCGAACAAAAUUUGGGUACCACCGCUCAUCUUAGGAAACCCUUCGAGGGAGAUCAGUCGUCUAAAUGCCGAUAGGGUCCUUGCGCGGGUUUUGUAUAACGGUACUGUCAUUUGGCAUCCAGGCGAUGUUUUUAACACAAGAUGUUCCUAUGAUAUAUACAGAUAUCCUUUCGAUAAGCAGAUGUGUUGGAUAGCGUUCACACCUUGGUCAUAUCAAGCAAACGAAAUCAGACUAUAUUCGGCAGGCGACAAGGUCGAAACUCCUUACUACAAGGAACACGGCCAGUGGAAGCUAGGAUCUUUAUCUGCGUCAGAUUACAUCAGUAAUGACGUAUCCUUUGUACAGUUUGACAUUUGGUUUACCAGGAGAUCGGGAUAUUUUGUAGUUAACAUUAUUUUACCAAUAUGUUUGCUGGCAUUUUUGAAUUGCUUAGCCUUUGUGAUUCCAGCAGAAAGUGGCGAGCGAAUAUCAUAUACGGUAACAAUGUUGUUAUCUUUCGCAGUUUUCAUGACUCUAGUUAGUGACAAUGUACCAAAAACAUCCGCCCCAAUGUCUUUGCUUUGCUAUUUUCUCCUUGCUUUGUUCAACGGAAGUGUUUUUAUCAUGAUCUGUGUAAUGUUAAACUUGCGUCUGUUUUACAGAGAGUCUUCAACCAAAAUGUCGUCUGCUUAUACUCUGAUUUACAAAAUGGCUACAUGUUGUAAAAUACGAAAAACUAAUGUGUCCAAGACUCGUAAAAACAAAAUAGCGUCUAUUCAAAAAGAAAUAAAAGGAAGACAAUUUGGACACGAGAUGGAGGAACCAUUCGCGGAGGCUUCUUGGCAGGAUGUUGCAGGUGUUUUCGACAAAAUAUGUUUUAUACUGUCACUGAUGUAUUUUAUUUCCAUAACUGUUGCAAUUCUUAUUAUAUAAAUAAACUAGUCGAUGACUCGCACAGUGCAUACACCGGCGGUCUUCUAAAUGUGUUGUCUGUUUUGUACAGAAUGGUUUAAAAUAUUUGCCACGAAUUACGAUUUUAAAGGUGUUUCUUCGAUCAAUUCAUUUCAAUGAUUCGUACUUUCACAAAAAAUGAAGAAGUGUGAUUCAAGUAAUACCAUUGAACUCUUAGU